AUCACCAAAAUGAGGCUUAGUGAAUUCUCAGUUUUCUCAUUACUCUUUGCUGUCCUAUUGUUGGCUGUCUCGGCAGAACAAUGUGGUUCUCAGGCAGGAGGUGCACUUUGUGCCCAGGGAUUAUGUUGUAGCAAAUUUGGUUGGUGUGGCAACACCAAUGACUAUUGUGGUGCUGGAAAUUGCCAGAGCCAGUGUCCCGGCGAUUCCGGUCCUACUGGAGACCUCGGCAGCAUCAUUUCAAAUUCCAUGUUUGAUGAGAUGCUUAAGCAUCGCAACGAUAAUGCUUGUCAAGGAAAGAACAAUUUCUACAGUUACAAUGCUUUCAUCACUGCUGCAAAGUCUUUUCCUGGCUUUGGCACCACUGGUGAUACCGCUGUCCGAAAAAGGGAAAUUGCUGCUUUCUUUGCCCAAACCUCCCAUGAAACUACUGGAGGAUGGCCUACAGCACCAGAUGGACCAUACGCAUGGGGUUACUGCUUCCUUAGAGAACAAGGUAGUCCGGGCGACUACUGUUCACCAAGUGGCCAAUGGCCUUGUGCGCCUGGUAGAAAAUAUUUCGGACGAGGCCCCAUCCAAAUUUCAUACAACUACAACUAUGGGCCAUGUGGAAGAGCCAUCGGAGUUGACCUCUUAAACAAUCCUGAUUUAGUUGCCACGGACUCAGUCAUCUCAUUCAAAUCAGCCAUUUGGUUUUGGAUGACCCCUCAAUCACCAAAGCCUUCUUGCCACGAUGUCAUAACCGGAAGAUGGCAACCAUCCAGUGCUGACCGAGCAGCCAAUCGCCUCCCUGGAUUCGGUGUCAUCACAAAUAUCAUCAAUGGUGGUCUAGAAUGUGGUCAUGGAAAUGACAACAGGGUACAGGACCGGAUUGGGUUUUACAGGAGGUAUUGCGGAAUUCUUGGAGUUAGCCCUGGCGACAAUCUUGAUUGCGGCAAUCAGAGGUCUUUUGGAAACGGACUCUUGGUUGAUAUUAUGUAACAACUUCCUCACCUAUUUUGUUGUGUUCUCUUGCAAUGCAGGGGACAGCUAUAAAUAUACUUAUGUAUUGUGAUUUCUGUGAAUUGUAUUCUAAUCUGAUGGAACCACGUCUUUUAUAAUAAA